AUGGCACAUAUCAACUCAUUAGUAUACCUUGAUCAAGAUCGAUGGCUUCCAGUUUCGCAUGCGCAGCCAGCCCCCGGAUCUGGCUAUUCAUUCGAAAUAGCAUGCACGCCCGAUCUUCACGAGGCGAUGUAUUUUGUCCGUGAACAGCCAGCAGAACAAAUUGUUUCUUACCAAGGAGUGUUCCCAAACAACAUAGGCUAUUGUCCCGUCUGCAAGGCAUUGUAUGAUAGAAGCAGCAAUGGCAGGUUUACUUACCAAGAUCUUCCGCCAGCAGUGAUAUAUACCAGAGACGAAUUCACUGCUGUAUGCUGUGAGAGGCCUCUCCAGUUUAUUUCCAACGGCAGGGCUUCCCCAGAAAUCGUGGCUUAUCCAUCAAUGGUUAAUGGACCCGGAACUACAAAUAGCAUCACGCUCGUGCAAUCAAUAGUCAAUGCCCCCAGCUACGUUAUAUUAAACAAAAACCAGGGAAAACACCGUCGGGCCUCUCGAGAAUCUUGCCGUGAUACUCCAAAGGCAAUCCGCAGUGGGCGAAGACGACGAUCUAGAGCACAACACCUGCCUAACGACUCCCGCAAAGCAGGGAACAAGACAGUAGAACAGAAGGACAUAAAAAUCCCAAGGUCUCCGGGUAAUCGAAGCCCACGGCCAUCUAGGGCUCAUUCACCUAUACCUUUUUCAAGAGCAUCGACGUUAGCAGAGUCCCCAGCGCCGGUACAAUCCCCCACUAGCAAGGUUAUCAAUUUACCUCCCCAGGCUCCUCUAGAUUCACCUAAGCUUCAUGCUCAAGAACCCCAUGUCUGCAUGCAUGAUAGACGUGAGAAACAGGGACCCAUGCGUCAGGGAGGACUUGAAUGCGGAAGAGCAGAAUCGAUAGUCUCCAGCUCUACAGAUAGUACCCAACUCGGCAUUAUACCACCACAUAAACUGGCUAUUCCUCGCAAUCCUCUCAACGCGACUGAGAACAAGCCCCGUUUUGUUGGCAGAAGUUCCGCCAGGAAAACUGGGAAGAGAGGAUGGCUGAAGUUUUGGAGAUGUUGA